UGCUGAACGGUCGUCUUUCUGUAUAUAAAAUUCACUCCACUACUUUCUUAAUUCAAUCGCUCUCUCCUCUUUCCAAAUCCACUUUUCAAUUAAAUCUAACCUAAAAUCUCUCUGCUGCUUGUACAAUAGUUCAUCAAUGGAGGGAAAGCAGACUUCAGUUGUACCAGAAACUCCCAUUAAUGAAUCCCUACAGGAAACAGUUCAAUCAAAAUCUCCCAUUAGUGGAGAAGCUACUGUUGCGGUAGAACCAGAAACACCGCCGCUACUAAUUCGACCAACAAUUGUUCUUCAAAAUUCUCCAAUCAAAAGUGAGAAUACCCCUGAUCGCCUUAAGCUCCCUAAGCCAUUCAAAUACCCUGAAAGGUACACAAGUCCAACUGAUCAAAUGAUGUCCCCUGUUUCGAAGAGGCUUUUAAUUGGUAGAAAUAGAAAGGCCAGCACACUAUUGCCAUUGCCACCUUCCAAAAAUCGACCUCAUCAUCCACCUAUGGUUCAAGGUUUACAGCUUCAGGAGUCUGGUCUUUGUCAAAGUUUGAAUUGCUGAUAUUGGAAUAUUCAUUCUUUUGACUCCCAUCAAUAUUAUUGUAGCUUCUAGUUGGGGCUUAUGUAUUCCUCUCAUUUUCUCAGUCUUCAAAUGCAAAAGGCUACACUGUAGUUUCUACGUUAUAAUAUAAUAUUCACCAGACGUGAUCUACUAAGUCUUCUAAUGAAAAGAAUAUGCUUGUUUUCC